GUUGUAUCGCCAUCAUGUUUUUGUGAAACAAAACAUGACCUGGCCCCAGGCUCAAGAAUAUUGUCGAACCAAUUACACAGACUUAGUGACAAUUGAAAGUAAGACACAGAUGAAUCUUAUUACUGAUAUCAUAACCGGUACAGGUAUUUCUGCCGUAUGGAUUGGAUUAUAUCGUAACACAAGUACUAAUCUUUUUCAGUGGUCUAAUGGAGAUCAGUUCAUGUACUCACGAUGGGACCUAAAAUACUCUGGUCAGGAAUUUAAUAUGUGUACCACCAUAUCAUCAGUGUGGCAGAACAUGGAUUGCAACAGAUCAUUUUAUUUUGUCUGCUUUCAAGUGAGCAAAAACCUCUAUUACAUGGUGACACAAGGAAUGACAUGGACAGGAGCACGGGACUACUGCAGAGCACAGCUGGCAGAGCUUGUCAGUAUCAAAAAUGACACAGAAAACCAGAGAGUGAAAACUAUUAAAGGGAAUUACACUGUCUGGAUAGGACUCUACUGGGAUACUUCCAGUGACCAGUGGCAAUGGGCUGAUGGUUCAUUUUCUUCUUAUCAGAACUGGGCUACAGACCAACCAAAUAAUUAUGGUGGAAAUCAAUGUUGUGUAUUUGUAGUUGUGGACUACCUUGCAUAUUCAUUGGGAACAUGGAAUGACUUUGUAUGUACAGAUGUACAAUAUUUUAUGUGCUAUCAAGAAGUAGAGUAUUACCUGAUAAAGGAAAAAAAGACCUUCCUGGAGGCUGUGUUCUACUGCAGAACGCACUACACGAACAUUGUGAGUAUACCUCACAUUGAUGCCCAGCAGCAGGUCACAAACGUUGCCAGUAAUGCCAAUGGGAAUGGUGUGUGGAUAGGAUUACGCAGGCAUCAGGGAUCUGGCCAGUGGUUCUGGAUGAAUGAAGAUCCAGUUUCCUAUACCAACUGGGAUAAACAGUCAACAGGGAGCACAGCAUCGGAUCCCUGUGCAGUGAUGAGAAAGGACAAAACAUUUGUAUGGAGUAACAGCUGCUGUUCCUCAAGAUAUGAGUUCAUCUGUUACAAAUAA